UUAUCAGGUAGAUUAGCCGUGGGAUAUAAGCCUGGGUUGUCUGAUUUUUAGUUAUUCGAUCGCUAAGUUAUAGAGCAAUCAGUCAAAAUGGCCUUCCUUAACAAGAACUACAGCUUUGUCAAACAGGAGAACUUCGAUGGAUUUUUGAAAGCCGUCGGUAUCCCCGACGACAAGAUUGCUAAGCUCGUCAACUUCGCCCCUGACCAGAAGAUCGUGCAAGAUGGUGACUCAUACGUCAUCCACACCGCUGGCCCUGAGGGACCUAAGCAGGUCAAGUUCAAGUCUGGUGUUGAGUUCGAUGAUGUCAUCGGCAUUGAAAAGACUCCCAUCAAGACCACCUACACCCUCGACGGUAACACGCUGACACAGAAGAUCACCGCCGACAAGGGCUCCGCAGUCUUCAAGAGGGAGUUCGUCGGAGAUGAACUCAUUGUCACCAUCACCACCGACAAAUGGGACGGCGUCGCCAAGAGAUGGUACAAAUCUGCUUAAGUUAGUUCUUAGUUAAUAUUAAUUUAUUUUUUAAUAAAGUACUUUAAAUAUUUAAA